AUGUUAUCAUAUGAAAAUUUACCACAUGAUUCAAAGAAAAUUAAACAGUUACACAAUGGACUUGAGCGACGUUUACGGCGUUCAUUACAACAAUUUUUAGGAAAACGUUUAAAAUCUGGUUGUCGAAGACCUAGAGAAUAUCGUCAUCAUCUUCGAAUCACAGGGAAUAAAUACAACUAUUUAAAAAUUGUUGGUAUUACAUCACAAUUUAUUCCACAAAUGAUAUUCUUCACAAGUGUAAAUGUCAUAGUUAAUUUAGUUUAUGGGCAGCAUAAAGAUAGAGUAUCUUAUGUUAGUGAUUUUGAAUGUAAAGUUAGAAAAAAUAAUCCAACUCUACAUGUGAAACAGAAGAUGAUUUCAUCCGAUCGAGUUCAAAAUUUUACCAGAGGUGCUCAAGGUCAUUCCGCAGACGUCACUUUUGGGAAAUACAAUUUAGAACAAGCAUUUCGAAACGAAGUUCCAGGUUCUACACCUGAUGCUGAAGUUGAUGCUUUAGAAAGAAAACUUGAAGGAAAAGUAUAA